GGCGUGACACCAUCUGUAUCGGCGAUCACGUCACCGCUUCGACGUGCCAUUUUGUAGCUCAUCUCUGCCAUGGCGCGUCGGCACCAGGCAUCUUAACCGCAAGGCCGUCGGCAAAGCAAGCCAUCCAAGCCUCCACAAGCAGGAGUCGUGAGGGUUAAUAAAAGCAAAAGCAAAGGGUGUCGCUUGUGAGUCGCAUUCAAACACACUCCUCUGGUGCCUUUUCGAGCUACGUUGCGCGCACACGUACCCCCAGGUUCUUCGGCACGCGCACAGCAGGACGAUGGAGGGUUCACAUGCCAAUGGAAGCAGCUGCAGCCACGACGAUCUACAAGACCAGGGGUGCAGCAAACGGAAAGCUCGUGAUUAUUGCUUUUCCUGGACUUGCAACCUUGCUUUGGGGCUUCGUAUCGAUGCUGCCAAACAAGCCGACGCGAUCGACGCUCGCCCGCGUCACGAGUACAGCAUCGAAUGUUCGGGCGCCUCACCUCGGCACCCUCAGAUCUUGGAUAUCCCUUGCUCUCAGAGACUAGCAAGCACUAGUAGUGCAGCACGAACACGUACGAUGACAUUUUUUACAUCUUCUGAAUCCGAGAAUCCGCUACGGCAUCACACAACAGAGGACUUACUGACUCACUGACUCGGACCGAGAUUGCUGCUCGCGAUGCCCAAACGGUGCAGGGGCAGCAGCAUUCGAUGCAGUUCGUGCCUCCUCUUACCCAACUGCAGACGCUCAAAGCAAACCCAAGAACCAAUUGUUCGAAAAGUCUCCCCCCUCUGUCCCCUCAGAUCAUUUCCUUCCGAACGAGUACACCCGUCAGCCUCGUCAUUGCCCCUCUCCGUCGUGCGUACUUGAAG